UGGGAUAAUUCAAUAUGUUUAUAUCUGUAUUUUUACUUCUUAAAAUAUUUUUUUUUUAUUCACAAAAUGAUUGUUCAAAGUCUUGCUAAAGUUCAGUCAAUGUCAUAGAACUCGUGUCUUAUUUUCAGCUGGAAUCUGAUCCUUUCAUCUUUAGACAAGAAACUCCAAGACCUCGAAUAAUUAAUGCUAGUGAAACUGGCGCACAAUCAAUGGAAAUGAAGCACCACAAUGGUAAAUGCGAGGUUUGCAAACAAGACGGGCAACUUAUUCUUUGUUCGACAUGCCCACGUUGUUACCAUGCAUCGUGUGUGAAAUCAGAAUCAAAAGAAAUUGCUGUGGAUCAUUGGUUCUGUCCAAUAUGUAUAACCUGGAGAAAUGACAUUGAAGAUAUAGAACGGUUUCGUACUGCACAGAAGCAAAAACAGCAGGGAAAGCUUCCUAAAGAAAUAUUAGAAAUGGACAGCAGGUCAAUUGACAUUUAUAGGCAAGCCCUGAAAGAAGGCGAAUAUCAUGCACAUCAUAUAAGAGUGAUGGUUGUUGGACAUUGUGGAGUUGGAAAAACUACCUUAACCAAACGACUUUUUGGAGAUGAGGUCGAUAUUAAUAAACGAGAAAGCACAGACGGUAUCGACGUCCACGUCGGAAGAUGUAAGGUUUCGAUGAAUGAUGGAACAUGGCAAGUGCAUGGAAAGCAGACGGAUAAAGAUAUUGAAAGGUCAACAUUGUUUCAUCGGUUGGCCAGUGUUUUACAUGCGACUGCAGAUGAAGCUACAAACCAAGCAGAUAAUAAAGAGCUGGUUGGUGCGUCCUCUAGCACUGUUAUUUACCAAAGAGAGGAAAUGUCGAACAGUGCAGAAGAAUCAAUGAAAAAGAAGGCAAGAAGAUGCGAGGAGAAUACACCAGAACGUAUUGAUCACACAAAAAAUGAUUCAUACAUUAGGGAAAUGAAACAUUUGAAGGCAUUUAUUGAACACGUCCAGAAAGACAUCGGAGACGACAUCGAGGAUACUUGUGACCUAUCUUUGUGGGACUUUGCCGGACAAAAUGAAUUUUAUGAUACACAUCAGGCGUUUUUAUCUCGGCGUGCGAUAUACCUGCUUGUAAUUGAUAUGUCAGCAAACAUAGACGACGUAUUAGAAGAAGAUUCUUGGAUUUUAGACUGCCAGGGAGAACGAAAAUGUACCAUUUCAGAUUUUGUUGACUUCUGGUUAAAUUCGAUUCACGAGUUUUGUUCCCGCUCUGAUGAUGAUAGACCAUCAGUUAUUCUUGUUGGAGCAUUUGCAGACAAGAUCAAAGAGAACAUCAGUGUUGAAAAUGCUUUCUUUCCUUUGCGGACUUCAAUCGCUGACAAGGUAACAAGUUGUCAUUUGGCAGAGGAAAGUUUUCUUAUUGACAACACUAUCGAGGACGAACGCAUUGUCUCAUUAAGGAGAUAUAUAUUUGAAGUCGCAACAGAACAGGACUAUUGGGGAGAACCAGUUCCUGUGAAAUGGAUUGCUCUAGAGGAAAUUCUUAUAGGUUUGAAAGAGGAAGAUGUAAAGAUACUACCUAAAAAGAAACUGAAGGAAUUGAAUGCUACAUUGCCUGUUCCUGUUGGCAUAGAAGAUGAACUUGAAGCAUUCUUGAAAUUCCACCACGAAAUCGGAAACAUUCUGUAUUACAGUAAAGGUAUCCUCCAGGAGUAUAUACUUCUUGAUCCACAGUGGUUGGUCAAUGCUUUCAAAAGUCUUAUUACUGCAAGAAAGUUUUAUAUCAAGCUAAAAGACGUUUGGAAACAUUGGAAGGAAUUUGACAAGACAGCAGUUUUGAAACCAUAUCUUAUUG